GGUGUUUAUCUCAGAGGAGUGCACUUUGGCUCGGAGAACGACAAGUCAACACAUCCCCACUCAUAUAUAUACAGGCUCGCUCACCACUGCCUCUCAGCUACUGCCUGCUAUUCAUUCCUGUCACCCAGUACGGAGAGGAGAAACAAUCUGAGUGACAUCAUGAACAAGCUUCUGGUCAUCACUGUGCUCGUCACUCUUCUGGGCCUCAGUGCUCAGGGCCUCCGUCUGCCUAGGCAAGCUGAGGAGGGUACGCCUGAGGAACCGGUCGCAGAUGUUGCUGAGGCUGAUGGAGAGCAGGGAACCCUGGAAAAGCUGACCAGCGUCGUCAAGGGCUACUACGACACGUCCAUCAGCACCGCCUCUAGCUGGCUGGACAGCAUCGAUGGCCUGAAGCUGAAGGAGAAGGCCAAGAAUGCCCUCAGUGACACCACCGUGGCGGCGAUGACUUACGCUGGCAUCCUGCAGGACCAGGUCUACCACAUCUUUUACCAACAGUAAAGACCCUUCCUUGUUUCCCUCUGUGUCCCCAACGUCCUCAAAAUGCUUUUGUGAGGAGAGUGUCGCAGCUGUGGGCCCCUACUCUCCCAUCCUGGAGCCUCUGAUCAGCUUCACCAGACCUCCAACCCUCGGUGACGCCCCCCUGGAGUCUGUGUAGAUUGAAAUACAGUAUUAUUUUAUGUCAACAUUUUACGUUUCAGUCAUUUAGCAGACGCUCUUAUCCAGAGCGACUUACAAUUAGUGCAUUCAUCUUAAGAUAGCUAGGUGGGACGACCACAUAUCACAGUCGUAGGAAGUACAUUUAUUUUUACAAUAAAGUAGCGAUCAGCAAAGUCAGUGAAAGUAGGAAAAUACUUUUUUUAAAUAUUUUUUUUUUAAUGUCAACGUAUCUUGAAAUAAAAACAUGCAUUUGUAGAAAACCAAUAAACCCCAUGUGUUUCUUGA